AAUACAAAUUCAGUUUGUGUGGAUAUUGAUCUUGAUGAGCUUCAAACAGAUCCGGGGUUAAGAAUUCCUAUUUCGAAGUAUAAUCCAAAUAUUCAAGAUGAAGUUUGACGUCCAUAUUUGCUUAAAGGACCUUGUCAACCUCGACACCACGAAUUUCCUAAAAAGACAUUUGGAAAAUAGUCUAGAAAAUUCAACAAGGAAUGGUUUGAUCAAUACCCUGAUUGGUUAGAAUAUAGUGUAUCCAAAGAUGCAGUAUUUUGCUUGUAUUGUUAUCUUUUCAAUCCAUCUCGGAAAGUUUGGAGAGACUCUUUUGUUGUUAAGGGUUUCAAAAAUUUUAAAAAGCUAGAAAGACUACAGACCCAUGUUGGGGGUUUUGCUAGUGAUCACAAUGAAGCUAGAAUGAAGUGUAAUGUCUUGUUGAAGGAAAAAUAACAUAUUCAGGCGUUUUUCUUAAAGCAAUCAGAGCAAGAACGUUGUGAUUAUCGAAGUGGCCUAGGUGCAUCCAUUGAUGUUUCUCGAUUUCUUUUAAGACAAGGGCUUGCUUUUCGUGGUGAUGAUGAAUCUGAGAAUUCAAGCAACCAAGGUAACUUUCUUGAGCUUUUACAUUUUCUCUCUGAGCAUUAUGAUAUUGUCAAAGCUGUUACCUUGAAAAAUGCUCCUGAGAAUUUGAAGUUGAGAUCACCUAAAAUUCAGAAGGAUAUAAUAAGUGUUGCAGCCGCUGAAACAAUUGAUCUAAUGAUCAAGGAUAUUAACAAUUCAUUAUUUUCUAUUCUUGUUGAUGAGUCUCGUGAUAUUUCUAUCAAAGAACGAAUGGCUGUUGUAUUACGUUGUGUGAAUAAGAAAGGACUAGUUAUUGAACGUUUUGUAGGGAUUGAACAUGUUGCCAAUACAACAUCUUCAUCACUUAAGGAGGCUAUUGAUAAGUUAUUUUCAAGAUAUGGAUUAAGCAUGACUAGAUUAAGAGGUCAAGGCUAUGAUGGGGCAAGCAAUAUGCAAGGAGAGUUUAAUGGUCUUAAAACAUUAAUCUUGAAAGAAAAUCCAUGUGCUUUCUAUGUUCAUUAUUUUGCUCAUCAACUUCAACUUUGUCUUGUAUAUGUUGUAAAAAAGCAUACUGAAGUUGCAUCUCUUUUUAGUGUGGUUAGUAGUGUGGCAAAUGUUGUUGGAGCUUCAUCUAAACAGUGUGAUAUUUUGCGAGAAAAACAAGGUGUUAGAAUAGCUGAGGCACUUGAUAAUGGUGAGAUCCUUAGUGGGCGAGGACUAAAUCAAGAGACUUCUAUUAAACGUUCGGGUGACACUAGAUGGGGCUCCCAUUAUGGUACUUUACUUAACUUAGUUACUUUAUUCUCAUCUAUGAUUGAUGUUCUUGGGAUAGUUGCAUAUGAUGGAGCAAAUUCUGAACAAAGGUCUGAAGCAAAUAACUUAUUAUGCUUGAUGCUCUCAUUCGACUUUGUAUUCAGUCUCCAUUUCAUGAGAACUUUACUAGGAAUCAUUAAUGAAUUAUCAAUAGCAUUGCAAAGGAAAGACCAAGAUAUUGUUAAUGCCAUGAAUUUAGUAAAAUUAUGCAAGCAACGACUACAAAUUAUGAGGGAUGAUGGAUGGGAUUCUACUUUUAAUCAAGUGUCUACUUUUUGUACAAAAUACAAUAUAAUGAUUCCAAACAUGGAUGAUAGAUUUGUAGCUCUUGGUCGACCACGAUUUGAUUCAUUUUCUGCUUUUGACAAAAGAAAAUUAAUUCACUUUGCUGAGUAUUAUCCCAAAGAUUUUUCUACAAUUGAGCUUUUGGCUCUGGAUGACCAACUUGAAACUUACAUUAUUGAUAUGCGCUCUAGUGAUGAAUUUAUGGGAUUGAAAGGUAUUGGCGAUCUUGCACAAAUGAUGGUUCACACUAGAAGAAAUGGUGUACAUACAUUGGUUUAUCGACUUUUGACUUUAUCAUUACUUUUGCCUGUGGUUACAACAACUGUGGAGAGAGUAUUUUCAGCUAUGAAUAUUGUAAAAAAUAGGCUUUGGAAUCGAAUGGGAGAUCAAUUGAUGAACGAUAUCUUACUUGUUUACAUUGAGAAAGAUGUUUUCAGUAUGGUAGAUAAGGAGCCUAUUAUGAAACGUUUUCAAGCCAUGAAAAAACGUCGGGGACGACUGAAAGGGCUUUCGGUAGGGGACUGUUCCCUAAGUGGCCAUAAAGAUGGCCUCAAGGUUCUUCGUCAGAAGGGUGAAGUAGGUAUACUUUUCCACCUUGUUCUUUUGUGUCAUGGGGGAAGUGUUAAACUCCACUUUUUUGCCACUGUUCCUCCUAGAGAUGUUGGCGUUGUGCUUAUAUCUAGUGUUUUUGCCAUUGGAGGUCUGGGCAGAGUUGGUUGUGUCUACCUGGGCAUCUAG